AUGGUCGUGUUUCGCGUCCAGCGCAGCGCGUGCCGCGCGUUUCUCGUUGAAGCGCCGUGUGCGACGCGCAACGACGCGCUGAUCCGCUCGUUGUGUAGCGUGUUCAACCUCCGACUGCGACUGGCCGCUCUGGUGGAAGUUCUGGAGGAUGUGGCACGCGGCGGCACAAGUGCACUGGACGGACAGACGCAGAUCGAGUCGGCGGAUGAUGAACGGACCAAAUGGAAAGCGGACGCGAGCGCGGGCGUGCAGCAUCAAGACGUGCUACUGCGUGUGGCGAUGGACGCUAAGGCGGUGCUGGAUUCGAGUCAGACGCUUGGCGCACGACGGGUUUGUAGUACCGAGAGCGAGUUGCUGGAGAAGCUGCAGCACAUUCGCAGCGCUGUGGCACAGGCGUUUCCAAUGGGUCUGCCGCCACCGCAUCACCUGAUGCAGCGUCUAUUGGAUGCAGAAAGCACUGAGAAAGCGCUGUCCGAGUCGGCGGCGGCGCUUGACGUGCUGUCGGGUGAGACGGCGGAGCUCUGGUGGGCGGGCAAGCGGUUUACCCGCGAUACGAACGUGUGUGACGUCGUUGGGAAGAACGACAAGUCGACGAUCAUUGUCACGUUACAGAAGAAAGGAGAAGGCGCGCCACGUCGCGAGUCUGCUGUGCACGAAGACGAACGCAAGGCCAUGACGGCCUUUUGCUGCCAAAAGCAGCAGACACAACAGCAGCAGCAGCAGCAGCAGUGCGGGGUGGAAGAUGAAGCAGAAGAUUACUACAAACUGUCGUCCUGGGCAGACCCCACGAUGCUCAAGAAAUCGCUACGCGGCACAGAGAACAUUCGGCCAUUUUGA